AGACAGUCAACACAGCACUCCUUCAAGGCGCUCACUGCCUAUUCACCAGCUGCUGAACUUUGCACUACGUACGCAAUAUGCCAGAGCUUAUAGUUACAUUAUUGGGAGUAUGGAUUGUUUCUGGAUCCGGAGAUUCUGACAAAGCCUGACAAUAUCCUUAGCAAAGUGAUAUAUGCCACCGGCUGAAUGGAUUAAAUGUUUCAUCAUCUUUGGGGGCGUCUUCCCCAGCGACAGAGUCCGAGGCUCAUGGAGGUACCCUUCACGAACCUGGAGCUGGCAUUCAUUCUGAUCGCCUUCAUGGUUUUCUCCAUGUUCAGCCUGGCGUCUGUCCUCAGCAAUCGAAACGACAGAGCACAAGACGAAAGCUCAAGUGAAGAAUAUGCAAAACUCAGGAGCACCUCCAAGCAAAAACAAUCCACAAAGCCAAAAGUUGCAAAUGUGAAAGGAGUGGUAUAAUUUAAGAGAGAAUGUGGUAUUUGCAUACUUACGACUGCAAAGGCGAAGUUGGUAAGCGCUGAAAAGUGGUACCUGGCAAAUCACGAGAAAAAACAGACACACAAAGCAGGAGUCUAGGAGACCAAAACAAAAUUACAAACCUUAAAUGGGCCUGUUUCCAAAAAGUCUGAACUAGCACUACCG